CUCUCUCUCUCUCUCUGGGAGAUCGACGAUGGCAUUGCAGAAGUGCGUGCUCAAGCUUGCAGGCCUGUGCGCUCGUUCAAAGUAUCGCAGUGGCUUGUUGAGCAAGCAGCAGCUUCCUCAGCCCAAACUCCAUGGAACUCGUGCCCUGUCUGAAGAAGGGCUUCGAGGAUCAAGGUCGUCAAAACCUAGCUCCGAAUCUGGAAGUUCACAGGAGCAUCCUCUUUCAUUGAUGGAAACUGAAUAUGAAAAGCUUCGGGUUGAGAUGAAGAAGAUGCACAGUGAAUUAUUGAGGCACAUUUCCGAGUCAGUAAAACCUAAUACAAGUCAGCAGCAGAAGCGUCGUUUUUCAAAGAUGGAAUUUGAAACAGAUAAGGUUCAGAAAGACUUCCAAAACAUGAUCAGUGAUGAGAUUGGCGAGAAAUUCAACAAAAUAAGUCAAGAACUUGCUGCACAAAGUGCUGAGAUCAAAGUCAUACGCAAUUAUACGGCAGUUUGUCAGGUGGCCUCAGGCUGGAUCAUUGGGACUGCACUCGGCACUAUAAUUGGUAGUCUGCUGUAUAAAUGAAUGUUACAUUAUCACUAUCUAUCAGUAAUUUUGUCUAGCGUUAUCAGAUUCUGUAUUUGUCUCAGGUUAAGAUGCAAAAAUAUGUUGUGACUUGUUGGUUGGACUUGUUAAAAGUUAAUUGGGAGAAUGAGUUGAUUGAAAAUGCAUUUUCAUUUUUGACA